AUGGCUUCCAGAUCAGAGGAGGAUUUCUGCUGUCCAGUCUGUUAUGAGGUCUUUAGAGAUCCUGUUGUUCUGUCAUGUAGCCACAGCUUCUGUAAAGACUGUCUGAAGAGCUGGUGGAGACAGAAACCAACACAUGAUUGUCCAGUUUGCACCGACGAUCUUCUGGCUCGAGUUCUGAACAGCCGCCUCCCCAACCUAGGUCCUGAACAUGGUCCACUCGGAUUCCAUGUCUUCAACCUCCCUGGGGACGGAGGCUCUGGACGGUGGCCUCCCCCAGAUGUUCCCAGUUCACCCUCACUACUUGUCAGAUCAGAGGAGGAUCUCUGCAGUCUGCACUCUGAGAAACUCAAACUCUUCUGUCUGGACCAUCAGCAGCCAGUGUGUCUCGUCUGCAGAGAUUCAGAAAAACACACCAACCACAGAUUCAGACCCAUCGAUGAAGCUGCACCACAACACAAGAAGGAACUUGAGGAAACUCUGAAGCCCUUAAAGGAGAAGUUAAAGGUUUGUGAAGAAGUUAAAGUUAAGUUUGAUCAAACAUCAAAACACAUGAAGGUCCAGGCCCAACACACAGAGAGGCAGAUUAAGGAGCAGUUUAAGAAGCUUCACCAGUUUCUAGAAGAGGAAGAGGAGGCCAGGGUGGCUGCUCUGAGGGAGGAAGAGGAGCAGAAGAGUCAGAUGAUGAAGGAGAAGAUGGAGGCUCUGAGCAGAGAGAUAGCAGCUCUUUCACACACAGUCAGAGCCACAGAGGAGGAGCUGAGAGCUGAAGACGUCUCAUUCCUGAACAACUACAAGGCUGCAGUGGAAAGAGUCCAGCGCUGCCCCCUGCUGGAUGAUCCACAGCUGCCCUCAGGAGCUCUGAUAGACCAGGCCAAACACCUGGGCAACCUGGCCUUCAACAUCUGGAACAACAUGAAGGAGAUGGUCUCCUACACUCCUGUUAUUCUGGAUCCAAACACUGCUGCUCCAGAACUCAUCCUGUCUGAAGAUCUGACCAGUGUGAGAGGAGGAGGACAGAAACAGCAGCUUCCUGAUAAUCCAGAGAGGUUUGAUGCCUACUCUGUCCUGGGCUCUGAGAGCUUUAACUCAGGGACUCACAGCUGGGAUGUCGAGGUUGGAGACAAUACAUUGUGGGAACUGGGUGUGUCAUCAGAGUCUGUUCAGAGGAAGGGAGACAUACAGUCUGGAUUAUGGACAAUAGGGUUCUAUGAUGAUAAAUUGUCAGCAUGGUCACCACCAGCUCCCCGCACUUUUCUGUCAGUGAAGAAGAAGCUCCAGAAGAUCAGAGUUAAUCUGGACUGGAACAGAGGAAAUCUGUCGUUCUCUAAUCCUGAUACUAACACACACAUACACACCUUCAAACACACUUUCACUGACACACUGUUUCCAUACAUUUACACUUUACAAAAAAUCCCACUGACCUUUUCUCCACUGAAAGUCUCUGUGACUAAACAACAGGUCUGA